UAUAUGAUACCAAAAGGCAAUCAUUUGUAUAUAAGCCCAAAUUGGGAUAAACGUUUUAUUCUAUUAAGUUUGGCUAUCAUGAAUUUUGACUUUGACAAUCUGACGUUAAUCAGUUGACGUGUGCGAUUCAAACAGUUUGGCUCACCAAUCUUAUUUCUGAUUCGGUAUCUUGAAGUAAAAUUUGUUUAUUAGUAACUAAAAUAAUCUUAAUUUAUUUGGUUCUAUAAAUCGUUAAUACAUAUUUAGUUUAACACAAAAGGAGAUGGCUCCAGCUAAGAAAAUUAAUCUGAAAGACAAGGUGGAGGAUGGAGAAAUUGAUUUAAGUAUGUUAAGUCUAGAAGAUGUGCCUGUAAGAGAAAUAGCUUCUGUGAAGAAAGUUUACAGUUUGGAUUUAUCCAACAACCACCUAGAAAGAUUGCCAAAUAACUUUGCUACGUUAACCAAUUUAACAAAGAUUGAUUUAAGCAAAAAUAACUUAAAAGAACUACCAGAAAAUUUUGGGAACUUGGAGAAAUUGGUUCAUUUAGAUUUAUACAAGAAUCAGUUGCAGCAUUUACCUUUGAGUUUUCAUGGACUUAAGAACUUAAAAUGGUUAGAUUUAAAAGAUAAUCCACUUGUUCCAGCAAUAGCUAAGAUUGCUGGUCCAUGUCUAGACAAUAAACAAUGCCAGUUAUGUGCCAAAAGUAUUAUUCAGUUCUACUCUGAAAUGAAUGAAAAGGUGGAACAAAUGAAAAUAGAUCAGAAAGCGCAGAUACUUAAAAAUCUAGCAUAUAAAGCAAAACAGGAAAAGAAGAAGAAAGAUAAGAAACAAAGACAGAAGGAUAAGAAUGACAAUUUGGCAAAGGAGAACAUUAAGAAAGAAGAGAUAGAAACAAUCUCAGAACAAAUUAUAGAAAAAGAACAGGAGACUCGUUUAAUUGUAAAACAGAGGAGCUCAUCUGGUUCUGGGGUGUUGAGAACAAUAUUUCUUCUUAUAUUUUUCUUAUCUUUGGGAUUAUUUCUACUUACAGCUUUUAAGGUGAAAUAUUUACAAAGUACUGAGCAGCAUAUUGUUUCUAUGUGGAUGAUGUUAAGGGAAUAUUUUCCUAAUUAUUGGGAAAAUUAUGUGAUAAUUUUUGAAAAAAAAUUUGUGCAUUGCCAUUUGCUCAUUGGUAAUUAUCUAAUUCGGAUUUACGAAAAUUUAUCAAAUAGUCCUUAUAUGUUAUUAAUUCAAGAUUAUAUUUUUUAUACUGCGCGAAGUAUAAGUAAACAAUUAAAUGAAGUUUUUCACAAUAUACUGUAA